AAGUAAAACAUAUUUUUAUUAUAAUUUUUUAAACAGUAUUUCAAAAAAAAAUUGAAAAAAAAAGGGAAAAAAAAAGAAACUCACUCAUCACUUUCUCUCUUUUUCGCUCCCAAACAAACGAAAAAACCCUAACUUUCGCUCGAGUGUACAUAAUUCUUUUUGUUCUUAAAAAAAAAAAAGAGGCUAUGGCGGCAUCAGAUAAAGAGCUGGAGUUACAAUUAAUGGAGGCUGGGAACAUGCUCGUUGAACCACCUUCAUCAGUUGAUGAGCUCAUUCCUCUCCUCGACCAAGUUGAAAGUUGUCUUUCAAGGGUGGAACAAUCACCAAGCCAAGCAAUGCAAAAUGCGCUCUCUCCAUCACUCAAAGCCUUGGUGGCGGAGCAACUUUUGAGACACCCUGACAAUGAUGUCAAAGUUGCAGUUGCGGCUUGUGUGAGCGAGAUAACAAGGAUAACUGCACCAGAGGCUCCUUAUGAUGAUGACCAAAUGGGGGAGAUCUUUCAACUAAUUGUAUCAUCAUUUGAACAUUUGUCUGACAAGUCCAGCCGCUCAUUCAUUAAGAGGAUCUCAAUCCUUGAAACUGUUGCCAAAGUCAGGUCAUGUGUGGUGAUGUUGGAUCUUGAAUGCGAUGCAUUAAUUAUUGAGAUGUUCCAGCAUUUCCUCAAGGAAAUAAGGGAUCAUCAUUCAGAGAUUGUCUUUACAUCAAUGGCGACUAUUAUGACCCUUGUAUUGGAAGAAAGUGAGGACAUCCCUGUGGAGUUGCUCUCUCCAAUUUUAGUUAGUGUAAAGAGGGAUAAUGAGGAAGUUCUUCCUGUUGCUCGGAGGUUGGCAGAGAGAGUGCUUGAGAACUGUGCAUCAAAGCUGAAACCUUACCUAACGCAGGCUGUAGAGAACUUUGGCAUUUCUUUUGAUGAUUAUAGUAGUGUAGUUGCUUCUAUAUGUCAAGUGUCACCUAGUGCUGUGGAUCAAAGUGAUACUGUUGCUGAAAAACAUGUGGAUGAUGAGAGCAAACCAGCAGUCUCACCUUUGGACAAGGAGGAUAAAGAAAUUCCUGAAGAAGCAGUUUCUACUGGACAAGGUCUUGCAAAUGAAAAAUCUCCCAAGUCAGUUGUUAGCAAUGGCAGGGUGCAAACUGCUGAAGACAACUUAUUGACUGAUGCAAGCACCGUAAAGAAGCAAGAGGAUGACCAUCUUUGUGAUAAGUCCAAGAAUGAUGAUACAUCAACUGUUGCUGAACCUGAUAGAUUGGAAGCUGAGAAAAUAGUCAAUUCAGAUUCUAGGUCAGAGGAAAGUACCCUGGAAACGGGGAAGAAAUCUGAUUCAAAAUCAACAAAACCUUCUGACAACUUUCAUGUUGAUGAGAAGGAAACUGAGACAUCACUGGACCUUAAAAAUGACAGCAAGGAUGAUGCUGGUUCAUUGCGUGACAAUAUGUCUGUUGAUGGGGCUGUAUCCUCUGAAAAUAAACGAGAGACAGAUGCUCAAUCUUCCGCACCAAAACCAACUGAGGAUGAAUCUGCUGUUGUUGCUUCCCCAACACCAAGUGGGUCUAUACCUGAUGAGAGUCAUUCUGAAAAGGCUGCUCAGCCAAAGAGUAUACCUGAUGAGAGUCGAUCUGAAAAGGCUGCACAGCCAAAAAGUAUACCUGAUGAGAGUCAAUCCAAAAAGGCAGCACAGCCAAAGACUGUUCCUGAUGAGAGUCAUUCCAAAAAGGCUGCACAGCCAGAAAGGAAAGAGAGCUUGAGUGAGGAGACCACACCUUCUGUUGAUGACGUCCCUAAGAAGGUAUCUGAAGUGAUGAGUGAUUCAGAAGUAAAAGCAAGUAAACAAUCAGGGAAAAAGGUUGCUACUGUGAUUUCCAACAAGGUUAAUACUGCUGUUGAUGUAGAUGAAUCCAAGAAAGAAAGUGGCAGUGCAAGUGGUUCAGAGGCAAAAUCAAGGACACAAUCCUCAAAGAAGGUAAGUUCUAGCAGUAAUAAUUUAGAUGAACCCUUGUCAAGGCAGCUGGAGGAUAAGAAAAAGCGAGCUCGGGGGAAAGUUCCUGAGAAAGAUGGAACAAAAACCUCAACCAUGAAUGACAAUGAGGAAGUGGUUGCUUCUCCGAAGUCUGUGAAACCAAACAAACAUGAUUCUCACAUGGAGGAGAAUUCUAAGACAAGUACUAAGAGAAAGUAUACCACAAACAAAGAAAAAGCAUCUGGUUCUACGGAAUAUGGUGAGAAUUUGGUUGGUUUGAAGGUGAAAGUCUGGUGGCCCAAAGAUCGUGCGUUCUAUGAAGGUGUUAUUCAUUCGUAUGAUACAGUUAAAAAGAAACACAAGGUGAAUUAUGAUGACGGUGAUCAAGAAAUUUUAAAUCUUAAGAGAGAAAAGUGGGAGGUGAUUGAAGAUGAAUCUGGACCAGAUGAGGAAGAAGCAGCUGACCAUCCAAGCCCUGCUGGUUCAUCUGAAAUGCCUCAAAAAAAGAAAGCAAAAACAGCUGAACCGCCUAGCAAGAAAACUAAGAUGGAUGCUUCGCCAAAAAGGGGUGGAGGAACUUCUAGUGGAAAAUCCAAGGGUGUUGCAGCAAAGUCUUUUCGCAAGACAAAGGAAGAUGGUAAAGUGGAUAGCAAAUCCAAAGAUGCCCCCAAGAGUGUUAGUAAAUCAGACAGUGACAAUGUUACCAAAUCCAAAGACCAUAUUACCAAAAGUGGCAGUAAAUCAGUUGACACUGCUUCGAAAGCAGGCAACAAAUCCAAGAAUGAGGAUGGUGGUGACACGCCCAAGUCUACCAAAUCCAAGCAUGAUGGAAGUGUUACACCAAAAGUUUCCACAAAGUCAAAGCAAGACACUUCAAAGACGUCCAAGUCCAAGCAGGAAACCCCCAGGGUUUCCUCCAAUUCUAAGGGUAAGCCUGUUAAAAGUGGUGCUAAAUCUAAUACUAAUGGUACUGGUAAGUCAAAGUCGGGUUCAUCCAAGGUUGAAGAAAGUGAGAGCAUGAAAGAGACCUCCACUGAUUCAGCAAAGCUUGUGGAAAGUACAAAGCGGAAAUCACCAAGUUCGAUCAAGGGACAUGGAAAUGAUUCGGUGUCUGGAAAAAAGCGGCGACGAUGAGCUGAAAGUCACUUCAAUUGCGUUGUAAUUGCCAAGGUUUGGUUCUUUUCCAAUGUGGAAUAUAUGGUUGAAUGCUAGUAUUUUAUCACAGCCUUGUUAGAUGUCCUGGUGCUGCAUUCACAGCUAGCUAGCUGCUAGCCAUACAUUUGAUAAUUGACCUAGUUCGUGGCUAGCAAAUACUCACAGUUAAUGUAGUUUGUAGGGUUGAAGGAUUUUUUUUGGGUCUCUGUUUUAUGGGUAGAAGGAAUGAAUUCCGGUUAUUUAAGGUGCAGCAUUAGGAUAAAAUUGGGUUAGUCUUUUUUUGCCAGAGUUGCUUCUAUAGAUAAUGUAAUAGUUUCAGAAACUUUGAUAGAAGCUAUAUUCUGUUUCAAUAA